AUAUAUCUGUAAAUGUAAUAUGUGACUAUUAUUCGGUAGCCAAGAUAAAACUCUGAGUUUCGGAUGCCGAGGUGGAGAUCCACAACACCUUCUCUUCGGUUGUCCGUCGAUCGGAAAAAUGACCAUUUCCCUCCAUUUAUCGUAAGUUUUUUGGUUUUAUUCACUAGAGAGCGUUGAGUUUAUUGUUGUCAUAUGAUACCCCGUACUUCCGGUUCCGCUGCAGCUUUUUUGACUCUGGAGAAGAAACAAAACGUGUUUUUGUUUGUUUUUCACGGAGAUUUUGAGAUUCACAGAUGACAUUGGCACAUCUGUUGUACAUUGGAUACAUCUGGAAUAUUUACCAUGUUUUUUGAAGACCAAAAGAAAAUGUUUUAGAGAACAGAUAUAAUAACCCAACAGUUAGAAAGCUUUGAGCUGAGAUUUAUAGAAACAUUACUCCCUUUCAUUAUCUGGUAUGUUUGCAUUCUAAUUGAACAUGUCAAAAGCGUUAGGGAAAUUAGGAUAUCAUUGUAAAAUUUGUAGUAAAUCAUUCUCUACAAAUAGUAAUUUGGUUGAACACAUUUGUGUUCAAACAGGUGAGAAGCCAUUUCGCUGUGUUACCUGUGGUAAAUCAUUUUCUCACAAUGUUAAAUUAAGAACACACAUACGUAUUCAUACAGGAGAGGAACCAUAUCACUGUGAUACCUGUGGUAGAUCAUUCUCUCAAAACGGCAACUUAAGAAAACACAUGCGUAUUCAUACAGGUGAGAAACCAUACCCCUGUGAUACCUGUGGUAAAUCAUUGUCUUCAAAGGGUAGCUUAAUUGCACACAAAUAUAUUCAUACAGGUGAGCAGCCAUUUCACUGUCAUACCUGUGGUAAAUCAUUCUCUGCAAAAGACAGCUUAAUUGCACACAAAUAUGUUCAUACAGGUGAAAAGCCAUUUCACUGUGAUACCUGUGGUAAAUCAUUCUCUACGAAUGGUAACUUAACAAGACACAAACGUAUUCACACAGGAGAGAAGCCAUAUCGCUGCAAUAUCUGUGGUACAUCAUUUUCUGAAUGCGGAGUCUUAGUAAGACACAGACGUAUUCACACGGGAGAGAGACCGUAUCACUGUGUUAUCUGUGGUAAAUCAUUCUCUGGAAUUAAUGACUUGACUAGACACAAACGUAUUCACACAGGGGAGAGACCAUAUCAGUGUGACGUCUGUGGUAAAUCAUUCACUGCAAAACAGAACUUAAUUAAGCACAGACGUGUUCAUACAGGGGAGAAACCAUAUCACUGUGACAUCUGUGAUAAAUCAUUCUCUCAGAGCAACAGCUUAACUACUCACAAACGUAUUCAUACGAGAGAAAAACCACAUCACUGUGAUAUCUGUGGUAAAUCAUUCUCUAGGAGAAGUAACUUAACUACUCACAAAAAAAUACAUAGUGGGGAAAAAGCGUUCCAUUGCGAAUCCUGUGGGAAAUCUUUUGCUCAGAACGGUCAUCUUGUCAACCACAUACGCAGUCACACGGGAGAAAAAGCCUUCCACUGUGAAAUUUGUGGGAAAUCUUUCUCUCAGAAUGGUCAUCGGGUGAAGCACAUUCGUAGCCACACUGGAGAAAAACCCUUUAGUUGUGACAUAUGUGGUAAAUCCUUUUCUGAUAAUUCCAGUGUUGUAGUUCACAAACGUAGCCACACGGGAGAGAAACCGUUUCAUUGUAAAAUCUGCGAGAAAUCAUUUGUUUCUCAUGGAAGUUUAACAAAGCACAAUAUAAUACACUCUGGAAAGAAACAAUUUCACUGUGAAAUCUGUGGUAAAUCUUUUAAUCAGAAUUCACAUCUUGUUAGUCACAAACGUAGUCACACUGGCGAAAAAUCCUUCCAUUGUGACAUAUGCGGAAAAUCUUUCGCUCAGAAUUCUCGUCUUGUUAUCCACACACGUAGCCAUACCGGAGAAAAACCUUUUCACUGUGAAAUUUGUGGUAAAUCAUUCUGUGACCAUUCUAGUCUUGUAGUUCACAAACGUAGCCACACUGGAGAAAAACCGUAUUGCUGUGAUACAUGCGGGAAAUCAUUCGUUUCAAACAGUAUUUUAACAAAACACAAAAUGGUACACACUGGGGAAAAGCGGUUUCCUUGUGAAAUAUGUGGAAGACCUUUCAUUAAUAAUCCAAGCCUUCUUAAUCACAAACGUAUUCAUACAGGAGAAAAAGCCUUCCACUGCAAAAUCUGUGGAAGAUCUUUCACUCAGAAUUCCCAUCUUGCUAUCCAUACUCGUAGUCACACUGGAGAGAAACCCUUCCAUUGUGAGACAUGUGGUAAAUCAUUCUCUGAUAAAUCUUGUCUUGUAAUUCACAAACGAAGCCAUACUGGAGAAAAACCAUUUCACUGUGAGAUAUGCCAGAAAUCUUUUGUCUCCAACAGUAGUUUAACAAAACACAAACAAAUACACGCAAGAGAAAAACUUUCCUUGUGAA